AGAAGUCAGCCCCCAUUUUCCCCACCUCUUAGCCCUUGGCAACCACUAAUCUAUUUUCUAUUCCCAUAGAUUUGCGUAUUCUGGACAUCCCAUAGAAAUACACCUGGGAUCAUGCAACAUGUGUGGCUUUUUGUGGCUGGCUUCUUUCACUUAGCAGAAUGGUUUUUGAGGUUCUUCUACAUUGAAGCAUGCGUUAGCACAUUCCUUGUUAUGGCUGAAUAACGUUCCAAGGAUGAGUGGACCACAUUUUGUUUAUCCAUUCAUCAGUCAAUGGACAUUUGGGUGGUUCCACUUUUUGGCUAUUAUGAAUAAUGCUACUAUGAACAAUAGUGUACAAGUUUAUGUGCGACCUGGCGAGCCUCCCCUGGACCUGGGCAUUAUCCCCUGGUUAGGCUAUGCCUUGGAGUUUGGAAAAGAUGCUGCCAGCUUCCUCACUAGGAUGAAGGAGAAACACGGUGAUAUUUUUACUGUGCUGGUGGGAGGCAGGUACAUCACUGUCCUCCUGGACCCACAUUCGUACGACUCGGUGGUGUGGGAGCCACGUACCAAGCUGGAUUUCCACGCCUAUGCCGUCUUUCUCAUGGAGAGGAUUUUCGAUGUUCAGCUUCCACAUUACAACCCUAGUGAUGAAAAGGCCAAGAUGAAACCGUCUCUCCUCCACAGAGACCUCCAGGCGCUCACGGAAGCCAUGUAUGCCAACCUCCACACCGUCCUGUUGGGUGACACCACAGAAGCAGGCAAUGGCUGGCAUAAGAUGGGUCUCCUCGAUUUCUCCUACAGCUUCCUGCUCAGAGCUGGCUACCUGACUCUGUACGGAGUGGAUGCCCUGCCACGCACCCAUCAGAGCCAGGCCCAGGACCGUGUCCACUCAGCCGACAUCUUCCACACCUUCCGCCAGCUCGACCUGCUGCUCCCCAAACUGGCACGUGGUUCCCUGUCAGUGGGGGAUAAGGAACGGGCGUGCAGAGUCAAAGGUCGCCUGUGGAAGCUGUUGUCCCCAGCCAGGCUGGCCCCCCGGGCCCAACGGAGCAACUGGCUGGAGAGUUACCUGCUGCACCUGGAGGAGAUGGGUGUGUCAGAGGAGAUGCAGGCGCGGGCUCUGGUGCUGCAGCUGUGGGCCACACAGGGGAACAUGGGUCCUGCUGCCUUCUGGCUCCUCCUCUUCCUCCUCAAGAACCCCGAGGCCCUGGCUGCCGUGCGCAAAGAGCUUGAGCAAAUCCUCUGGCGAGCAGAGCAGCCUAUCUUGCAGAUGACUACUCUCCCACAGAAGGUUCUAGAGAGCAUGCCUGUGCUUGACAGUGUGCUGAGUGAGAGCCUCAGGCUCACAGCUGCGCCCUUCAUCACCCGGGAGGUCGUGGUGGACCUGGCCUUGCCCAUGGCAGAUGGGCGGGAAUUCAGCCUGCGACGUGGUGACCGCCUCCUCCUCUUCCCAUUCCUGAGUCCCCAGAGGGACCCAGAAAUCUACACAGACCCAGAGGUGUUUAAAUACAACCGAUUCCUGAACCCUGAUGGAUCAGAGAAGAAAGACUUUUACAAGGAUGGGAAGCGACUGAAGAAUUACAGCAUGCCGUGGGGAGCAGGGCACAACCAGUGCCUAGGGAGGGGUUAUGCCAUCAGCAGCAUCAAACAAUUCGUGUUCCUUGUGCUGGUGCACUUUGACCUUGAGCUGAUCAACCCGGACACGGAGAUCCCGGAGUUUGACCUCAGCCGGUAUGGCUUCGGGCUGAUGCAGCCAGAACACGAUGUGCCCGUCCGUUACCGCAUCCGGUCGUGAGCUCUGGGAGCAGACAGAGCCCCACGUGCUGGCCUUCACCCAACCUGUCCCCCCGAUCACCCAACUUUCUGUGUCUGUAUCUGUCCUGGGUGCAGAGCUUUGAACACCCAACAGUGGUGGCAUUAGCACUUUCCUGCUUUUUUUCUAGAAGGUUGGUCCAGGACAGGAGGAAGAAGGGAAGCUGAGAGAAGGUAUAAUUCCAAAAUGAGGCUCUUUCUGCUCCCGGCUUACCUUGCGAUACCCACGAAAGCUAGGGCAGACAGGGCAGUAUAGGAGUCCUGACUGCCCUGCCCCCAAUUUCCAGAGGGGCCACCAUUCAAGUCCUUGACAAUGGUAUGGUCAAGGCCUUAACCACUCAAAGCCGAUGUCGACCGUAAAAAAAGCCAAUCGGGACCCUGCAAUGUGUCCCUUGAAAUAAGCCCUAUUCCCAAAGUAUUUUAAACUAGCUGAAGCCAAAGGAGUCUUUAGAAUACCUGCUUCCCCAGGUGUCCCGUUCCCUCAUCUGUCCGUUCACACUGAUAUGUGAGAAUACGCAGGAGGGUUUUCCCGAAGCUGGAGCAACCAAGAUAUAGAUCGUGAGCACCCCCUGACAGGGGGCUCUGAGGAGUGGAGCUCUGUGUUCCAGACUCACAGGCUCCAGAUGGGAUGAGCUUUGCCAGUGCUGAGACUCAGGUCGGGAGUAAGAAAGACACAGCCCCCACAGGAGGGCCUUGAUGGAAAGAAGCAGCCAGGCUCCUUGGACUUGGCACGCCAAAAAAAAAGAGAAGUUGGUUUCCUACAUUCUAGCUCAGAAGCUCCAGCUGUGGGCAUGACCCAGUCUGCAGACCUGUUUUGUGUGGCCUACAUUUUUGAAAAGUAAUACGUUCGUUGUUUUCAUAUUAUCUUUGAGAGAGUUGACGUAAAAGGUCUAGCUUCUCUUAAAAACUUGGAAGAUCUGGCCACACUGGGCCCAUAUUCCCAAGGGCAGCCGUUGCCCAAAGCUAAGAAGCAGCUGCCUCCAUUUUCUGGGGCAUGUGCACUCUGGUUCACCAGGGUUUCUGCUUGAUGGGAAUUUCCCUUCCUGCUUCUCCAUUCACAGUAACUCCUGGCCCCUGAAGCCAUUCGAGUUUGAGAAACCUUGUUCUGUCUCUUAGAAGUGACUUGAUAGGAGCUGACUGGUUCUCAGACCAAUGGUCCAUUCUCCUGGGUACACCACCCUCCGAACAAACAGAUCAAUGAAGAAAACUUGCCUUUCCAUCAGCUUAGGAAAAACAGCUCAAAGAGAAAAAUUGCCUAGAAAACUGUAUGAUGAUGGCAAGUAUUAUUAGUAUUAGGUCCUGCUUAUUGAGCACCCUCUAAAUGCCUGUGACAGCCACAGUAGACAUAGUAUUUCUACUUCUCACAGCAUCUUUGCAAGGAGAGGAUGGUUAUGCCCUUUUUAUAGGUGAGGAAACAGGCUCAGAGUGGUGAAGCGACUGCCUGGAAUUAGCUCAUAAGCUCAUAGAAUUCUGCAAACAGACUUAUUGUCCCAAUAGCAAAUGCCUUCCUUGAGUUCAAGGGGAUGAUGGAGGGACAGUUAGUUCUGUUUGACAUCAGAGCCAAAGGCACGCACCGGUGGGUGCCACUCAUGAGAUUCGGACUCACAUACACACAUACACACAUAGUUAGGUCCCUUUAGCUUUAACUGAGGAGCAGAGGGGACCUGAGAUCUCCGAAUGUUUCAGGGGCUCGUCUCUUCCCUGACCAGUACCAGGGUUUGGGGGCUUCCCUGGCCCUCAGCUUCCAGCCGCCCCCCAGGAUUCCCAGAUAGACACUGUGAUUGGCAGGAGGUGGGAUAUCCCCAGGGAAACCCAUCUUCAUGCCUGGGUGACCCCCGCUGCUGCCUGCUUCUUAACUCCACAGGAAAUCAGGGCUGGCAGCCUCCUGUGGGAGGAUGGGGCCGGUUUCCAUGGCAACCCUCUGCAGCCUCAUCCUGGCUUGGAAGGGAAGGAAGAAGGCCCGCAGAAAUAGCUGCAAAAGAUCUCUCUGCGAGGCGGCUACCCUGGUGUGCUGGGGGAAAGCCCUUCUGACUCCCCUCUUCCAAAUCAGGGCUGCUUUGUCACUGAGACUAGAUUCUCACCUGUGUUCCAAAAAGGGCCAAUCGCCUUUAAAGGAGGCACCUCCCUGGAGCCACAAUCAUUAAGAAGAGACAGUUCUCACCUGGUGCCAGAGAUAUUGAAGCACAGCAUAGGAGACGAUGAUUUAAGCCUUCCCUUGUUUUAAUUUUUCUUUUUCUUUCUUCUUUUAAGCAAAUACAAGUUACAGAGAAAAGAGGGAGAGACAAGUGGGUUAGCUCCCUGCUACAGGUUUGUUAGAAAGGUACCCAGGUGUCUUUGUGUCUCUUCAUAGCUUGCUUUAGAAUCACGAAAUUGCAAGACGUGUUAGAACCCUCUUAGGUUGACCUAAUGAAGUGUUUCCUUACCAUUGUCGUUAUUAUUAUUAUUAUUUUUGCCAUAUUUUAUAUGUUGUUUACCAGAUAUUUUCCUUUAACCAGACUCAUUUUUUUAAGCUUAUAUUUGUUCAUAAAGGGAACUUAUUUUGAUCACUGCCAGUGAUGGGCAACGUGUAUCAUUUGUUGCCAAAAAUAGAAAGUGACUGUGAAACAUAAAUUUUCUGGGUGUCAUGCUGGUGUCACCAAGCCUCAGUGCCUGAGAUCUGUGUCUUCUCUGUUACGAAAUGAGACGAACAAGUGUUUGAGUGGCAUUAAAGCCAGGCCAGCACCACCUUGAGACUUUCUCCUUGACAGUCACGAGUUGAAAAAGACAGGAGGAGUAAGCUGCUCACCACGUGGGUCACCUGUACAGUACGCCUGGUCUGAGUGCCCACCAGAGUCUUCUAUCACCAGUGGGCCCCAAGCAAAGUGAGCUAAUGACAUCCCACCUGUCCGUUCUCCAGGUGGAGAAACAGGCUCUGAGAGUUGAAGUGUCUUGCCAAAAGUCAUUGAUUUUGAUGAUGUUGUUUUUUUAUUUUUUAAACAAGCAUAGUGUUUGGAGAGGAGCAGUGAUUAUUAUGCUUGCUGUUUAAAUAAAGAGUUCUAUUUUCCUAUAAUAUUGUCCAGUGGAAACAUGCUGAAAUAUAUUAAACUAUUCUUGUAUUUGGAACUGCC